CACACACACAGGACGAAACAAACACAUAGAAAGAUACAGACAUGAUGCUUUUGAUAGAGACACUCUUUCACAGGUAGACUUGUACAUUUAGAUACUUUAGAAGUCUGCAAGUCUUUGUUUUCUGUGCACACACCUGAUCACAGGCACAAAAACACAAACACAAUCAUGAAUGUAAUACUCAAAUGACCUUUCAGAAAUACAAUAAUUAUUAUUGAAUUAUUUUUCAGAAUUUUGAAUGGUCACAGAAGUAACUGUUGAAAUGGUUAAAAGGAAGUAAAGUUAGAAUAUAAUCUGUAAGGUAAUCUGUAAGAACCGUUUUGGAUUGUGUUUGUGUGUCUUUUGUAAGGUUCUUAAAUAACUGUUUUAGAUUGUGUGUGUAUCCUUUGGCUGCCCUGUCUGGUGUAUUAGUGUUGAGCCUCAUUGAUCUGCUCUCUGUGUGUGUCUGUGUUUCUCAGUCAGUGCAUCAGUCAGAUCCUGGAAAGCGUCAACCACAUUCACCAGCAUGACAUCGUACACAGAGACCUCAAGCCUGAGAAUCUCCUGCUGGCCAGCAAGAUGAAGGGAGCGGCUGUGAAGUUGGCGGACUUUGGCCUGGCCAUCGAGGUGCAGGGAGACCAACAGGCUUGGUUUGGAUUCGCCGGCACCCCGGGCUACCUCUCCCCUGAGGUGCUGAGGAAAGACCCCUACGGCAAACCAGUGGACAUCUGGGCCUGUGGUGUGAUUCUGUACAUCCUGCUGGUGGGUUAUCCCCCUUUCUGGGAUGAGGACCAGCACAAGCUCUACCAGCAGAUCAAAGCUGGAGCGUAUGAUUUUCCCUCCCCUGAGUGGGACACAGUCACGCCUGAGGCCAAGAACCUCAUCAACCAGAUGCUGACCAUCAACCCCGCCAAGAGGAUCACGGCCGAGCAGGCCCUCACGCACCCAUGGGUCUGCCAACGCUCAACUGUGGCCUCCAUGAUGCAUCGCCAGGAGACUGUGGAAUGCCUGCGCAAGUUCAACGCCAGACGGAAGCUCAAGGGAGCCAUUCUCACAACCAUGCUGGUUUCCAGAAACUUCUCAGUGGGCCGGCAGCAUACCAGCCCUGCUGCUGCCACCACAAGCACUGCCGCGCUCGCACAGGAAGCUUGCAGGAGUUUGCUCAAUAAGAAGGCAGAUGGUUCGAAGCCCCAGACAAACAACACUAUAAACAGUGUAGUGAGUGGCAGCAAAGACAGCAACAUGCCCUCCUCUGCACCAAUGGAGCCACAGACUACAGUGGUCCACAAUCCCCCCGAUGGCACCAAGGGAUCCACAGAGAGCUGCAACACCAAUGAGGAGGAGGAUAUGAAAGGUAGGAAAGCGGAGAGCAUUCAGGGUGCCAGUAACGACAGCGCUGUGAUGAGCGCCAGUGAGGAUCCGCCUGCCCUGCUGGGAUCCCCGCAGAGUUCCCCUGCCACCUCCACCGGCCAGGUGCAUGACGUAAAGCGCAUGGCGUGGAACAGCACAUUGCACGCCUCCUGCCCCGAGAUGGAGCGCGCUCAGUCGCAGGGUGGGCAAGGGGGUGGGGCCAGCACCACAGGGGGUGGCGCUUCACCCAAGAGUAAGUUGGCGAGCCACCCAGGGAUGUGAACUUACACACACACACACAGAAAACACACACAAAACUCACACCACAAACUUUUGUUACACAAGUACACACAUGAGGCUCGCUUCAACAAACACACAUACUGUACACUCACAUUAAUAAUGUCGUGUACAGCCUAUACAUAUGUACAUAUACAAGUGCAUACUCUACCACAUGGAAAAUCAUUAGAAAUCACGAAAAACAACAGCAUUAAUAUACAUAGCACAUUUGGCAAUAUGGCUCAGGCACAUGUAGAAUACAAGCACACACACUCACAAGCACACACACAUAUGCAUAUCUUAUUCCCUGGCAGUCUACUUCAUAUCCAUACAUCAUCAUCCAGGGACUACAGAUGUAAAUGAGCAUCUAUGCUAUAAUCAGGCUCAGUUAUACACUGUGCACUGUCCCUAUAAAAUAAAUAAAUAAAUAGGAACACUCAGUGGCUCGUUUCUCAAUCCGUUUCCUUGGAGACCGUCAGUCCAAGAGGACGGGAGUCGACUCGAGAAGAGCACUGAGACACGAGCGGCCUGUCAGGCGGUCGCCAUCUUGCCGUUUCACCUCCACCGUCUGGAGUGUUUUUCCUACUUGAGGUUGUCGACAGACGGGAGGAUAAUAGAGGAUUGGGCUGUGUGCCAGACAGACAGGAGUUGAAGGAGCUUAUGCGCGCACACACACACGCAUGCACACACUCACUCACGCACUCACUCAUAUAAACAUGCAACUUGGUUUUAUCACAGCUUACACACACACGUUUGUGUCUGCACACAAGCACACACACUCUUUCUACCUGGCUCUGUCUACUGUUCUCUCUGAGUGAUGCCAUUCCGUGCUACUCCUGUGCUAUAAUACUGACCAAGCCUCUCUGCAAAGUUCAUGAAAACAGCUCAUGCGCUCCUUAAAUAGUCUAGACAGCCACUGUCCUUUACCUAACCCACC